CUGUUAGGAUUAUAAGAGGUUCAUGCAGGUUGACCCCAACAUAUAAAGACAACAUGACAAAAGUGUUUGUUCACUUUAUUUGGUUUAAUUUUUCAAAUACAGACAACACAUUUUCGUCUCACAUAAACACCACAACAUCAUCAUCAUCUCACUCACCUGCCUGCUCCGUGUAUCGUCCUCAGUUUACGCGCUGCAUCACCUCCCAGCUCAUCAAGUGGUUCAGUAACUUCAGGGAGUUCUACUACAUCCAGAUGGAGAAGUUCGCCAGAAACGCUCUGCUGGAAGGUGUGGCGGACGUGAGGGACCUGACUGUGGACAGAGAAUCGGAACUUUUCAGAGCUCUCAACGUGCACUACAACAAAGCCAACGACUUCCAGGUCCCUGAGAGAUUCCUGGAAGUGGCUGAGAUUACACUGAGGGAGUUUUACAUCGCAAUUUCGGUGGGCAAAGAUCAUGAUCCAUCCUGGAAGAAAACCAUCUACAAGGUGAUCUGCAAACUGGACAGUGAUGUGCCCCCAGAAUUUAAAAGAAAUUACUCUGAAUAAACCAAACAAGGAACAGUGUCUGCCACAAACGCUAAGAAAAUGUGGACUUACUUUCUUGAAAAGUGAUCAAAUCAAAAAGUUCAAAUGUAAGAAUCAUCUAAAACUGACCAUUUACAAGCAGCCAACAUCAGCAUUUAUGCAAGUUAUUAGGCUAUUUUAUUGGUACAAUUUAAAGUUGUAGACCCUAAAUACUGCGUGUUUCUGGCCAGUCUUUUUUGUGUGGCUUGCAAAACUAUUGUAGGCCACACAUUUUGUUGCCCACCUCCACACACAAUACUUGCCUCAGACCAUCUUGAAAGCCCCUCCCACAUUUGUUUUUAAUCUACUGACCUAGUUUUAAAGGGAUCCAUGAUUACUUGCAAAGUAGACAUUGUUUAACAUUUACUUAUACUGUAAAAUAGACUAAAAACACUGUAGGCGGUUCAGUUUUAACACAUUUAAACAUACAUA